AUGGUCAAAACAAUGUUUGGCCAAUUUUAUACGAAUCAGCUGCAACAAAUACCGCUUGCUGAUAAUACAAUUGGCAGAAGAAUUAAUAAUAUAUCUGAAGAUCUUUGUGACCAAUUAGUUUCUCGAAUGCGUACUUCAAAAUUCGCCAUACAAGUAGAUGAAGCUACUGAUGUAGCUAAAGACGCACACUUAAUUGCAUAUGUUCGAAAUGUUGACGAUACUAAUAUGAUUGAAGAUAUCUUAUUCUGUAAACCAAUUCCAGACAGAGCCACAUCCUACGAAAUUUUCCAAAUAAUCGACAGAUUUUUUAAUGAGAAUGACAUAAUGUGGAAUAAUUGCAUUGGGCUCUGUACUGACGGGGCGCAAUCAAUGACUGGACACAAAACUGGUCUUCAAACACAAGUUAAAUUGAAAAUACCUGAGGUUCUCUGGACGCACUGCAUGCUCCACAGAGCAGCUCACGUAUCAAAAACUAUAAGCGAGGAACUUAACAAUGUUUUUGCAAAAGUAACGAAAGUUAUAAAUUACAUAAAAAACAGUCCAUCAAAAGCAAGGUUGUUCGCAAAACUGUGUGAAGAUUUGCGAGCUAAUUACACGUCACUUCUGUACUAUUGUGAAGUGCGCUGGCUAUCUCGUGAAAAAGUUAUUCAAAGGGUACUUGAACUCAAAGAAGAAAUUGCUAUGUUUCUCGAGGAAAAUCAUAUUGAAGACGGCAAUAUGUUUAGGGAUGAUAAUUUUAUCGUUAAACUUACAUAUUUGGUUGACAUUUUUGAAAAAUUGAGUGUUCUUAAUAAAUCAAUGCAAGGACCGCAAUUGCAUUUGCUUAUACAAAAAGACAAAGUGCAAGCAUUUAUUAAAAAAGUGGAGCUAUGGAAUCAAAAUUUCAAAAAAAUAAGCUUGACAUGUUUCCGCGUUUAA